AUGGCUGGAAAUGGAAGAUUCAACUUUGCAGAUAUGCAAAAUCCUCUAUUUCUCCAUCCUUCAGAUGGGCCUCUAUGUAUUAGUGUUGCAAAGCUGCAGGGUGCUAGUGAUUACCGAAGUUGGAGGCGUUCUUUUGAAAUCCAACUCUCAUCCAAGAGAAAGCUGGGUUUUGUGAACGACUCGGUGACAUGCCAUGCUACUGAUGAAACUCAAGGACAGCAGUGGGAUACAUGUAAUGAUCUUGUAAUCUCCUGGAUUCAUGGUAAUGUUUCCGACAAUAUCAAGCGCUCUAUUUUAUUUAUCAAUUCUGCACAUAAGAUUUGGAAACAUCUUGAAAGACGGUUCCAACUGAGUAAUGGUGCACGAAAAUAUAAGCUAAAUAAAGAGUUGUUUGGUGUUUCCCAGAACAAAAUAAAAAUUAAUGAGUAUUAUACUGCUGUUAGUAGUCUUUGGGAAGAGAUCGAUUCAAUGAACCUAUUGCCUGUAGUUACUACUGUAGCAGCUGAUGUAACUGUGUUGCUUGAAACUAUUGAGACUCAGAGAGAGGAGUCCAGAUUGUUUGUGUUUUUGAAUGGUCUUGAUGAAUCCUAUGGUGCUUUGCGAAGCCAGCUACUAAUGCAACAUCCUCUGCCCACCGUUGAAGCUGCUUGUGCAGUAUUGCAGCAGGAGGAGUCCCAGAGAGAUGUUUCGUCCGUGGUUGAAACUGAACAUACUGCUAUGUAUAGCAAGGGCCCUGGUGGAUCUGGUGGUGGUGUGAGUUGCACUGUUUGUGGUGGCAGAAAUCACACAGGGGACAAAUGUUGGACUGUAUCUGGGUACCCAAAGUGGCACUACAAGCACAAUAUUGAGUGGCAUGGACUGUUUGCAAAAGAUGUUCUUCACCAUGCUGUCAAUGGCACCCUCCACUCUCUGUCCUAUCUUGUGGAGAACAAUCCUACCCCUCCUUGGUCUGAUGAAGCUCAGACUCUGAUGAUGUCGGUGGAGCAAAUGCUGACCACAAUGGGCUUUAAUGGUGCAUCCUCCUCUCAGCCUCAAGUUCCAGUUGCGAAAAAACUUAAACGCCGUUCAAGCGUUUAA